AGGCAGAAUGGCGGCGUUGGAGCAAUGCGUGUUGGCAGCUGAAGAUAUUUGGAACAACAGAAUGCUUCGGAAAAACAUGCAUUGGUUUUUUAUUUUCGUCACGACUGUAGGGUCAUUUGCAAAGGAGAUGCAAAUACUUCCCGAUUCCUAUUUUAACAACAAGAAGAACAUUUUCAACGUGUACUUUGUCAAGUACGCCUGGGGCUGGACUUUCAUUUUGCUGCUCCCUUUUAUAUUAAUUUCCCACUAUUAUAUGAAACGAGACAGAAAGCUUGUUCUGCAGCGUUUAUGCUCACUUGUGGUUGGAACUACGAUCUGGUAUUUGUGCACUUCAUUGUUUUUCUAUAUUGAGGACGUGACUGGGAAUUGUUAUGAAUCAGAAUCCAAGGAAAUUCUCCAAAGUGAGCACACCUCCAGGGUAGAAUGUAAAAAGCAUGGCUUGGUCUGGUUUGGAUAUGAUAUUUCUGGUCACUCCUUUCUACUGUCAUAUUCGGCAUUAAUUAUAUUGGAAGAGACAGCCAUCAUGUCUGAUCUGAAAAAAAUGAACCCUAAGCCAGUGGACUGGGCCAAAAGCUUUAUUAAUGUCUUUUACAUUGCACUCAAUGUUUUAGUUCUUAUUUGGGUUUUUAUGUUCUUUUUCACCUCUGUGUAUUUUCAUACCAUUUCACACAAAAUGUUUGGUACAGCUUUUGGAAUUCUAGCGUGGUAUGUGACUUAUCAACUGUGGUAUCAAGCACAGUUUUCACCAGGACUUCCUCCAAAAAUUCAAAGAACUAAUCUGAAUUAACUUUCUAUUAACCAGAAAGGCACUCUAAGAUGUAUUCUAAUAUGAAGAAUAAUAUAAACAAUUAUCAAGUCCAUAAGAAGUUUGAUUUUUUUUUUUUUUUUU